CUUCCGACCGGAACUUUGGUGCUUGGGCAUAGAGGAGCAGCCGGCUCCGGGAACCUUCUCAGCCGGAAGUGGCCCUUGAGUGCGUGGGGCGAGGGUUGGCUUGGGGAUCCCUACACGGAGGUUGACAAGUCGGAGAAAAUCAGGAUGGACGCCGUAGCGACCGCAGCGGCGGCGAAAGAACCCGAUGAGGGCUACACAGAGCCCAAACCUGGGCACUGGGGGGAGCUGAGCUGGACACCGGUCCCAUCCAGACCCCAGGACAAGGUAGAAGCAGCUGAGGGAGUGCCAGGGGCCCUGGACAACAAUGCCCCCCGGGCUGAAAACGCAGCAGUGAGCGCCAUGCUGCAUGCUGUGGCUGCCAGCCGCCUGCCUGUCUGCAGCCAGCAACAGGGCGAGCCUGAUCUGACAGAGCGGGAGAAGGUGGCCAUCCUGAGCCAGCUGUACCACGAGAAGCCCCUGGUGUUCCUGGAGCGCUUCCGCACGGGCCUCCGGGAGGAGCACCUGGCCUGCUUCGGCCAUCUGCGUGGUGACCACCGUGCCGACUUCUACUGUGCUGAGGUGGCCCGGCAGGGGACAGCCCGGCCCCGAACCCUGCGCACCCGCCUGCGUAACCGGCGCUACGCUGCCCUGCGAGAGCUGAUCCAAGGGGGCGAGUACUUCAGUGACGAGCAGAUGCGCUUCCGGGCCCCACUGCUGUACGAGCAGUACAUUGGGCAGUACCUAACUCAGGAUGAGCUCAGUGCCAGGGCCCCGACCCACCAACCCCCCAAGCCCGGCUGCCCGGGCACACCCGCCUGCCCGCUCUCUGACCUGCUGCUCCAGUCCUACCAGGAGAGAGAGCUGCAGCAGCGGCUGCUCCAGCAGCAGGAGGAGGAGGAGGCCUGCUUGGAGGAGGAGGAAGAAGAGGAAGACAGUGAUGAGGAAGACCAGAGGUCAAGCAAAGAUUCAGAGGCCUGGGUCCCCGACUCGGAGGAGAGGCUCAUCCUGCGGGAGGAGUUCACCAGCAGGAUGCACCAGCGCUUCCUGGACGGCAAGGACGGGGACUUCGACUACAGCACCGUGGACGACAACCCCGACUUCGACAACCUGGACAUCGUGGCUCGGGAUGAGGAGGAGAGGUACUUCGAUGAGGAGGAGCCUGAGGACGCGCCCAGCCCAGAGCUGGAUGGGGACUGACAGCUGCCACCCUGCCGCCGCCGGCCACCUGCCCUGUCCCUUGCCCCAACAAGGCAGCUGAUUACA